AUGGAAGAUGAGGAGGUGGAGACAAGGAAGUUAGGGUUGAUGGCCAAGGAGGAGGAGGAGCUAAAGAUUGCAGAAAUGGUGGAGAAGCUAAUGGAAGAUAACGAGGUGGAGACAGGGAAGGUAGAGCUGAUGGCUAAGAAAGAGGGGGAAGAGACGGUGGAGCUGAAGAUUUCAGAGAUGACUGUAGUUGAAUGGCUUGAAACCGAGUUGAUGGAGGAGCAAGAGCUAAUGGAAUGGGAGAAGAUGGGUCAGUCAGGGAACGUACAAAUAAAGGUUAACAUGGUUAAAGAGGUUGAGGAGCUGAAGGCUGCAGAGAUGAACGCAGAUGAAGAGUUGGAAGCAAAGCCGGUGAAGGAGAAGGUGGAGGCAGAGAAGCUGACAACGCAGGAAUUGAAGGUGGGGGAGAAUGCAGAGGAACCAAAUGAAUCGGAGGAUGAGGAGAUGAAGAAAGACGAGAAGACUGAAGCAGGGGAGGAGGAACUUAAUGAGGAGGUGAAGAUCGAAGAUGAGGGAGAAAUUGGUGUCGAGAGAAGAGACAUGCUGGCAGAUGAGAUAUUGAAGGCAAAUGAAGAAAUGAAGGACGACGAGGAGAAGAUGAUGGCAGGGAGGGUUGUGAGAGUGUCUGUGAACACUGAGAUGUGGAUGGAGAAAGUGAAGCUAGAGGAGGAGGACGAGCAGAAGAAGAUAGAGAAGAUGGAGGACACAAAAAUUAAUGAAUUGGAAAAAGUGGUUCCAGAGUUUCAAGACUUUAAAGAGGAGACAAAGAUGAGCGGAAAGGAUGACAAUAUCAAGAAGGAAAGUCAACGGGGAUAG